AUGGAUUCUACAAUUUAUCAGUUGGAGAAAACUCACAUAGAAUUAAUGCAAUCACUUUUUUGCAGGGGAGAUGCUAAGCUUGAAACAUGUCGUAGUUCUAUCAAGUUGUCUACUAGUAAGCUCAUACAACUUUGUCCUAAUUACAUGGAGGCAAUUGCAUUGUAUGACUAUUGUAUGCUGCGAUACUCGAACAAGCCCAUAAUUGGCACUAUGUCAAUAUAUCCAAAUUACAAUAUCGUUAAUGCGGAUGAUGUGCCAGAUACGGAAUUAUUCAAUCUGGAGUUGAAGAUCUUGUUGGAUAACCUUCGAAAGCAAGCUGCUACAAGUAGCCCUCUUCGCAAGUUGGGAUUUGGAAAUACAAAUUGA